UGGCCAGUCGAAAGACGCCCUCUUCUUGCGCAGCCGGGAUGUGCAGGGAGGAUUUAUUCCAAGAGGAAUACAGACAAGCAGUUAUAUGCUUCACAUGGUCGCAGUGACUCUCUCUGUCUCUCUCUCUCUCUCUCUCUCUCUCCCCCUCGCUCUCUCUUUCUCGCUCUCUCUCUCUCCUCUCAGCCAAUCUGCGCACGGUGACGCUGCGCAAAGGCAGGAUCUAGUCCUGGCUUCACCAUCAUAUUUAACACACCCACCCAGAUUCACACAUGCUACAAGAGGUGCAUUCUCUUAUCCCGCUGCGCUCCCAGAGGCUGCCCGGCCCUGCGGGAGGAUUCCUGUCUCCUGUUACCUGUGCAGUUUAUUCCGAUGGCUCGCCUCGGGUGGUUUUAGUCGGGACCAGAUGUGACAGAAUUACGCAUCGCUGGAUCGCUGAGGUGGAUGUGAGCACACACGUCGACUACUUUUCGGGGACUUUCCCUUAAAAAAAAAAAAAAAACAUUUAAAUGUGAAGAGCUUUUUUUUCCGCUCCGACGUCCCAGCUGAUCCUCGGCUGCUCUCUCUCUCUCUCUCCCCCUCUCACAGGAUCGAGGCUGGACGGUUGAGACCGAUGCGCGCACUCGGACCUCUUUGGACACACUCGUUUAAUGGAUCAGUUUCCCCGCGUGUCACAGCCUCUUUUGGAUCCUACUCACUUGCCCGCUGUUCUGUAAUCCUUCUGAAAUAUUUGGUGGUCGACGGGAGAGGGGGGGAAGCGGCAGCGUGAAGAGGAUGUGGCUUGCGCAAAUCGACCGCUGGUCUGAACCGACUCGACCUGUUUUACCUGGACACUUGCGGAUGAUUUUGCGCUUGUGAAAUCUCGCCUGGACACCCCCGACACGAAUAAAGCAGAAGUCUGAUGUUGAAAAUACAAAGGCUGAACACUGAAUCCUUUACUCAAGACGGCAAGUGAAGAUGGGUCAUACGUGUUUAAUGUAUAUUUCAUUAGAUUGGCGUCCAGUCUAAUAAACAUCAUCAGCGAUGUAGUCAGCUUGUUUAUCUGCGUGCUGAUCAUUUGCAGUAAAUACUCACAUCUGCUCAAAAGGGAGACCAUGAAGAUGAUCCUCCUGCGCAAAUUCCGGGUUUUGAUCCUUAUGGUGUUCCUCAUUGCAUGUUCUAUGCACAUAAUGAUAGACUUGUUACCAAAGCUGGAGAGGCACGGCAACAGCGGCUGCUCCUGCUCCCACACGCCGAGCGAGGAGCCUCAGAGCUGGGGGAAGCAGGGCUGGCCUAACAAGCACACCCUGCGGAUCCUCCAGGACUUCAGCAACGAGCCCAGCUCUAAUGUCUCCUCGCACUCCCUGGAGAGGAUCCCGGCUGCAGGCGACAAAACGCAGGCUGUCAGGAGGCUGGAGCACCACGGGCUGCGCGGUGACAGGAAGAGACAGUUCCUCCAAGACGCCGCGGUGACCAAACACAUGCCGGUGAAGGGUUCAAGGUUGUUGGCUCUCUAUGACCACCCCUUAUAUAAAAGAUCCCCGCCACCUCUGACAGACGAGGACACGCUGUUCAACGUCAACACGGACAUCAGAUUUGACCCCAAAGCUGCAGAGGAUCAGGCAUGGAAUGCUGAAGGCAACAUAGAUGAGUUCAGCCCCACAGGGGAGCUGACGGCCGACUCCUACCCCAACUGGCUCCGCUUCCACAUUGGGAUUAAUCGAUACGAGCUGUACUCCAGACACAACCCGGUCAUCGAUGCUCUGCUGAAGGACCUGGUCACCCAGAGGAUCACCAGUGUGGCAAUGAAGUCUGGAGGCACUCAGCUGAAGCUCAUCAUGACCUUCCAGAACUACGGCCAGGCUCUGUUCAAACCUAUGAAGCAGACGCGGGAGCAGGAGACGCCUCCGGACUUCUUCUAUUUCUCUGACUUUGAGAGACACAACGCUGAGAUCGCUGCCUUCCACCUGGACAGGAUCCUGGACUUCCGUCGCGUACCUCCCGUGGCCGGCAGGCUGGUCAACAUGACAAAGGAGAUCAGAGACGUAACACGAGACAAAAAGCUCUGGAGGACCUUCUUCAUUUCGCCAGCCAACAACGUGUGUUUCUACGGAGAGUGUUCAUACUACUGCUCCACUGAGCACGCUCUGUGUGGUAAACCAGACCAGAUAGAAGGAUCCCUGGCCGCCUUCCUCCCGGACCUGGCCCUCGCCAAGCGCAAGACCUGGAGGAACCCGUGGCGACGCUCCUACCACAAACGCAAGAAGGCAGAAUGGGAGGUGGACCCGGACUACUGCGAGGAGGUCAAACAGACUCCACCGUAUGACAGCGGGACGCGACUGCUGGACAUCAUGGACAUGACCAUCUUUGACUUCCUCAUGGGGAACAUGGAUCGUCACCAUUAUGAGACGUUUGAAAAGUUUGGAAAUGAGACCUUCAUCAUCCAUCUGGACAACGGCAGAGGCUUUGGAAAGCACUCCCACGACGAGAUGUCCAUCCUGGUGCCACUGACUCAGUGCUGCAGGGUCAGGAAGUCGACCCACUUGCGUCUGCAGCUGCUGGCUAAGGAAGAAUACAAGCUGUCCAUGCUCAUGGCAGAAUCGCUGGUGAGGGACCGCCUCAGUCCCAUCCUCAUCCAGCCACACCUGGACGCCAUGGACCGACGGCUACGCCAGGUGCUGAAUGUGCUGUCAGAAUGCGUUGAAAAGGAGGGCUACAGUUAUGUGGUGGAGGACGACCUCCAGGCGGACCGAGGGACAGACCACGUUCACACCGGCCCACAACGGAGGUAGCUGUCUGGGGGCGCUGGCAGCUGGAUUGGACUGAAUCCCUGGUGAUAAGAGGCUGGACUGAGCAGAUCCAGUCUUUCUUUUAAAACUGAACUGGCACAGAUGAGCUCCAUCUGUAGCGAAUUCCCCAGAGGGCUUGAUUUUUCGCUGAACUUACAGGGAAGCCCACCUGCCUGAGGUAAAUAUAAGCUGUCUGGAAAUGGAAGCCUGCUGGAUAGGGCUGGACUUUGACAAACAGUGCAGUGACUUUAGCUGCGCUGACGCUCCAGAUGCAGGUGAUGUCGAAGACUUCUGGCCCAGACAGAACUGAACCACCCCCGCAUCACCUAGACUCCUUAAAAUAUCCAACCCUGACUCUAGUGUAGGAUAGUAUCACCACAGCUGACCCAAACACCCACCGACCCACCGCAGCAUUACCAAACCAUGAAAGUCUUGCAAGAGACGCCUUCUCUCUGUCUCGUUCAGGACCCUUUUUUGAAUUCAGUGAAUUCUGAGGGACUUGUAAAGAAUCUCCCGACCCUCCCCCUCCGCUCUCUUCACAAGCUGAAUUAUGUGUUUCUACGUAUUGUUGGUAUUCCAAGUGUUUCGGUUGAACAUUCACAGUGGAGGAGGAGGUGGAGGCUGAUUUCCUGUUGUCUUAAUUAUCGAAAUAAUGUUCUGAGUUUUGCUGCAAAAUGUUUUAUUGCAUUGUGUCUUUUUUUUUUUUUUUUUUUUUAAAUAAAUUUUAUUUCUGCUGAGCUGUUUCAGCUUCUACCAUCGGUAUUCAGAAUGGAAAUAUGUGAUUGGAGUGCAGGUUUACUCCUGGAUUUGUCCAUUAAUUUUGCCCAUAAAUGUCCUUGAGAGAGUAUUUAUUAAAAUUCAUAUUUAUUGUUUGAGAUGAAUACUAACACAGCACCAUUUUUUUUUCUGUUAAAAACAACUAUGGAAAUUCACAUCACAGAGGUGUACUUCUUCAUUUGUCCAAAAGAGGGCAAACUGAGCAUGUGCAAAAGUAGCUGCCAGGUCCGUGCCUCUCAGUAAAACCAACCAUCUCCAUAUUUCACCCCUUUUUAAGCUUUUAAUUGGUUUACAGCCACCACAAGUAUUGGUAAGAUUCAGAUGAGCAACUCUGUGCCUCUGUUUACAACAUUUAACCAACUACUGUUUUUAUUUCAGUCUUUCAAUGCAACGGAUAUGAGGUUUAAGUUUAUGGUACCAAGAACCAAAUGUGACACUAAUAGUUUUAUAUUAUUGUUUCUUUGUAAUAUAUUUGAUGUCCAGAUGUUGCUGUUGUGGAAAGAUUAUUUUUCAGGAUGUAUAUUUCAUUCAUCACCAACAGCUGUUAGCUUAAACUGUUGGUGUCAGCGAUUCAGUCACUGGCUGAAAGUUAAUAUAUACAGUAGGAAAAAUCUAGUGCCUGUGCAAUGAUAGAAAUACUUGAAUGUCUGGUUUCAUAGCAGAAAGGUUUGAACUUCUCCCAGGUACGAGCUAUAAAUAAGAUGCGGAGGUCUACAUAUAUAUGUGUGUGCUGACUCCAUCUGUUUCCAUAAGGGUUUUAUUAUGCAGUCUAAGUUUCCAUAGUCCUGUAUCAGGUCAGUACAGUGUGUAUGGACGUAUGGGUGGAUCCAUGGAGAAACAUUAGAUGAUGUGUUCUUGAGGUGAAAAUGCUUCUUUUUUUAUAUCAACUCAUUGUUUCUGUGGAUUUUAUUGUUCAUUUCUUUGCAUCAUGGUUAAAAGUGCAAUAAAACAAAAUGAGCAGAA